AUGGCGGCGAAGAGGGAGGAAUCUGAAGUAGACCGAUAUGUUCUGCAGCGGAACUACAUGUACAUGUCCUCUGCCAGGUCUGUCGAGACUCUCUUGGCUUUCCACUUACCAAAGCUUGUAGACUUACGGGACAGCACACCUUCCUGGUUGGGAGGAAUGGAUGGUUCCUUCACCCCACGGUCAAGAAUUACUUGGACGACCGACCGCACAAGCAAAUUGCUGACGUCGGGGCCGGUAAUGGGUAAGUGGGUUGGCAACAUCGAGGAGGAACUGCAGCUGAGUGACGCAGCAUCUGAGCUCUUUGACUUGCACGUCGGUUAUCCUGAAGCACGGAUCCGUGGUCUGGACAUCUCGGAAGAACAGUUUCCCCGUCGAAUAAGAAUGAAUGUACGACGUAUUGUCCUCGGUGCCGGAGGACCUGUCUGA